ACACACACACACACACACACACACACACACACACACACACACACACACACACACGCGCCCGAGCGCUCCAGUACGGACGCAUUUCCGUCAGCUACACCACACAGCGAUAUGUCUGUAUGUCAGCGUUCAUGGCAUGUGAUGCUCGGACACGCAGAUAAAGAGCAUGGCUUGGCGAUGCUGGCUGGGGGCUUGCAGUGUUAGCCCACCUUGGCUGUGUGGGAGAGCUGCAGAGAUGGAAAUGGACGGAUGAUGAUGAUGAUGAUGCUCCUUUCUCUCCUUUAGGGUUUCUUUUAGCGAACACAAGGCGAUGCCAUUCCCAAGCCAACUCCGAGGGCCAAACCUUGGAUCUGGUCUGAGGUCUCUUUCCAUCGUUACAAGCCUGAUGUAGCUCUAUCAGGAGCUAACCAUGGGGCAUCCUUGUACUGUACCUUGUCCGGAUUUGAGUUACCAGAACCAUCCUUGACCCUUACAAUGGACCUACACUGAGAAAACUUUUCAAUACAUUUCCAAGACGGGACCAAACGAAGAUUCAAAUGUGUUUGACUCUUCAUUGCUAUAUUUCGCUUUGUUACUGUUGAAAAGAAAAGCAUUGCUCGAAGCACCUGCUUUCCAAAUCCUUUCUGAAUGACUGCAAAACUACCAGGCCAGAGUAUGCCAUCUGCACCUACACACAGGAUUCUGCGACCCCUCAUGCUUGGCACCUUCUUACUGGGCUGUUUUGUGACUCUGUUUUUGAUGUACCUCAAGCCGUCCACUAGCUGGUUAUCGGGCCCUGUAGAAUCAGAAACAUCCACGGCUCGAGUAAAGAGCCUCCUGUCCAACAGAAGUGAGCAGAACCAGACCACGGUGCUCGUCUGGCUCUGGCCGUUUGGGGAAACUUACGACCUCAACGUGUGCAGCUCCCUGUUUAGCAUAGACAACUGUUUCAUAACCGCCGAUCGCAACCUUUAUAACAAAUCCGAUGCAGUCGUCAUCCACCACAGGGAUAUUAGCACCGAUCUAUCUAACAUGCCACCAGCGUAUCGGCCUCCUCUUCAGAAAUGGAUUUGGAUGAACCUUGAGUCACCAUCACAUUCAUCCCAGUUACCUGGCAUCGAGAACCUGUUCAACCUGACCCUGAAUUACCGUCAGGAUGCUGAUAUCGAAGUGCCUUACGGCGCCAUUGUUGCCUCCCAAGGCGAGGAAGGCUUUGUACCCCCGAGCAAGAACAAGCUGAUCUGCUGGAUUGUGAGCAACUGGAACCCGGAUCAUGUGCGAGUGAAGUACUACAAUGAAUUGUACAAGCAUGUGGAGAUCCACGCUUACGGCCAAGCCUUCGGCGAGUACAUAUCGGACCAGGACUACUUCCCCACCAUCGCCAGCUGCAAAUUCUACUUGGCAUUUGAGAACUCGAUUCACAAGGACUACAUCACGGAGAAACUGUACAACCCCCUCUCAGUUGGUACGGUGCCAGUCGUUUUGGGCCCACCGAGGGAGAAUUAUCAAAAUUUUGUCGAGGGUGAUGCUUUCAUCCACGUCGACGACUUCUCCUCCCCAAAAGAUCUGGCUGCAUAUCUUUUAUUACUGGACAAGAGCGAGGAACUUUACUUGAGGUACUUUGACUGGCGCAAACACUUUAAGGUAAAGAAAGCCUAUUUCUGGGCUGAACACACUUGUCUUGCAUGUGAUUAUGUCAGAAGACACAAUGAGUACAAGGCAUUUAAUAAUCUUGACAAAUGGUACUGGGGUUAAUCUGGAUAUGUGCUGAUUGGCUGCAAAUGAUGUAAAAGGUUGAUACCAUAUUUUCCAGGUUAUAAGACACUUUUUUACCCCCUUUAUGAUGUAAGACUAAUACAACAAACUGCCAUGCAUGUUAAUAUUUUUGGACAUGCCCAUUUGGGAAUGUUUCUAUUUUUAAGCCGUUAUCCUCCAAACUUCUAUUCCCGAACCUGUCACAUUUCCAGUGUUACCCUAGAGUUAGACCUAAGGACAGACAAAAGUCUGUUUUGUAUAAGUUUGUGCAAGUUUAAUUGGUUUUAAUCCGGAGUGUCUAUCCAAGGUUAUUACCAGUCUGUUCAUUUUUUAUGGUUGACAAUUAGAUUCAAAUCUAAAGAAACACCAAACACAGUUAUUGUUUGGUGUGACUGGGUAAAGCAGAUGGUGCUUUAAUUUUGCAAAUGUACAGUAGUGCAUGUUAUUUAAUCCCACUGCCAUCUGCACUACACACAUCAACUGUCGAGGGAUAAUUAACUUUUACCUUGUGGAUAAACAUAUCUUCAGAAAAUAAAGAAAUUAACCUGAUUGGAAUUCUUAUACAGUCAAUCCACUGGCCAAUGACUUUCCUGGUUAUCAACUGCUUAAUAUAAUAUUUUCCCAAGCAGCUGAUUCAGUGCCAUUGUGUCCAUUGCGUCACAUGCCGUUGUUGACAUGUUGUUGAUGAAUCACUGUCGCACUGUUGCAAUAAAAUAUGACCUGAA